AAAAGAUCUUUCGACGAAGAGAUAAUAAAACGAAAGAUAGAAGCGGCAAAAAAGCCGUACAAGUCCUGCUGGAUAAACUCGAGAAACUGGUAUAGGCUUUUCGCAAACAAGCCAAAAAUCAAGGAAGCGUUUACCAAUUGUGAUAUAAAAUUGCAGUCCGGUUUGUUUGGUAAAAUGGUUCAGUCAUGGAUGGAGAACCUCGAUAAUGCCGGAACGUUGGAUCAAAAAGUCAGCGGAAUGUGUGACAGUCAUAAGAAAAGAGGUACCACAGACAUGGGACUUUUUAAGGAUGCACUGACUGAACUUGCAGGUUUCGUUAGCGACACUGUAGAAAUGAAUGGUGACCAGCAAACAUCAUGGCAGAAAAUUAACGAGUCGAUCUUGGAUGUUAUGAAAACCAAAUUUUAA